AUGCCAGGAGCUCUCCUCGGGGGAGGGGAAGAAGCGAGCCAGAGACAUGACAUCGCGGUCAUCAGCUGGUAUUGUGCCGAACCGAUGGCGCCGGGGAGGUACCAGCGCUUGACAUGGCACUCGGUCCCCAUCAAACAUCAGACUAGCGUAGCCAUGGACUACCUAGGCAAUGGACUAAUGGCAUGCGACCAACAACUUUCUGUAACAGACUCGAGGCCACAGCUGCACCGCCCUCUGGCCGCCGGGAUCGUCUCGCCAGGGAUCGCACUCAAGGCGGGCGGGAUCAAAAUAGCAGAGCAAAUCAGCAGCGGCCCAUCUUGA